AUGCUCCUGCCCUCAGUUGCCCCCAUCCCCCUGAUCGAUCAAAGAUACGGCCCGAUAACGAAGAGUAUCGAUCACAGUGGGCCCCCCUACGGAAGUAUAGUACACCCACUAUCCCGCUGGGGAUGGCGACUUUCGCCUCCCCUUUUUCAUUUCCCCCCCGGGGGAAAUGAGGUUGACGAGAAGCCCGAGGAGGUGGUUUUCGGUGACAUCGAAUAUUGUCACUACCGUGAAAACGUCCCCGGCAACUAUAUUCUUCUCCUUCGACACCUUCUGGGUACUACUGCCAGGGUCAUGAGGAGGGCCCUUGGCAGAUUGGGGUUUGCAUCCGUGGCAAUGAGAGGGCUCGAAGCUAUGGAUAUUAAUACUGUUUCGGCCCCAUAUACAUUGGCAACAUGA